GUUUACAUGUUUUGGAUUUUUUUUAUCGUUUCUCCUCCGUUUCUUUUUCUUAGGCAUAAGCCAGCCACAGUGGCUCUUACAAUAAUACUUUUAUUAUUAUUAUUACUAUUAUUAUUAUUACAUGAUCAUAAACAUAUUGAAACGCACCUAUGCUACACAUCCGAAUUCCGAAAUCUUCAAUCGUUUAGUCGUUUACUGUAGCCUUACUGUAUCCGUUUUUAUCUUUAUCGGACUGAUUUCCCGUUAUAAUUUAUUCGAGCUCCUCCGCCCGGUCAACUUUACCGAUUAGUGAGAUUUCCCGAUGUUUCUCGGGGAUUAACUCUCGUCCGUUAACGAUAUUAUGAACAUUUACCGAGUCUCGGGCGUACAAAUAAUCAAGUCAAUAGCUUUACGUACAAAAUAAAUCGAACACUAAAGCUUGAACGCAUGCCACAACAGUUUAAUCAUGUCGGUUCAUUACAAGUUCAAAUCCGCCAUUUCUUAUGAUACAAUCACGUUCGAUGGUCUUCACAUAUCCGUGAGGGAUUUGAAAAAGGCUAUACUUCAUCAGAAACAGAUCGGCAAGAACACAGAUUUUGAUCUUCAGGUCACCAACGCCCAGACCAAUGAAGAAUACACCGAUGACCAAACAUUAAUUCCUAAAAAUACAUCAUUAAUUGUUUCAAGGAUACCACUUACAACACAACAAAAAAAAGCAUGGGAAAGAGCUGAACAGAACAAUCAACUUGUCCUUUCAAAACAAAUUUUAAAUUUAGAUUCACACGAACCAGAUUCUGCUAAACUUAAGGGUGCAGAUUUACUUGGUUCUAAUGCAAGUGAAGAAGAUAAAAUCAAUGCUAUGAUGGCACAAUCUACACAGGAAUAUGAUCCAUCUAAUUUUGUAAAAAUUCGAGGUGGAAAUCAGUAUGGUGAAGUACCUUUAAAUUAUGUUUGCCAUCGAUGUCAUAAUCCUGGUCAUUGGAUAAAAAAUUGCCCUAAUAAUAAUACGACUGCAGAUCCAAUUGACAUUAAAAAAGCUACAGGCAUUCCAAGAGGAUUUUUAGUACCAGUUGAUGGCCCUUCAGUUCCUGGGGCAAUGUUAACGGGUUUGGGUACAUUUGCAGUUCCUAGUAUUGAUCAGGAAGCAUAUAAACAAAGUAUGAAACCACAAAAAAAACAAGAAACUAAAGUAGAAAAAGUAAUAAUUCCUGAAGAUUUAUUAUGUACGCUGUGUUCUGAUUUAUUAACAGAUGCAAUAAUGAUGCCCUGUUGUGGGACUUCUUUUUGUGAUGAAUGUAUUCGAAAUGCUCUUUUAGAAUCUGAGGAAAACGAAUGUCCUGAUUGUCAUGGGAAAGAAAUAUCACCAGAAACUUUAAUACCAAAUAGGUAUUUACGAAAUGCUGUAAAUGGCUUUAAAGAUAAAACUGGAUAUAGUAAACCUGAAGCUGUUAAAGAAAAAGUAACUCCCUCUAAAGAGCAGGCACCAGUUCCCAAAAUUGAUAUUAUUCAACCACCUAAAGAAGAAGUGAUCAUUCCAGCUAGCACCCAAUCACCACCGUCUGAUCCUUCGAUUGAAGUAUCUCGAGAUGAAAUUUAUCAAAAAAUAGCUGCUGUUGGUGACCCUAUUGAUAAAACUCUACGUAACUACUCUGCAAUUGGCACAAUCAAUAAUAAUUCUCAUAAUCAUUCUACAUUUAAGACCAGUCAAUCCCAAAAUCAAUCUCAAGUCCCACCAGUGUCUGUGAACAAUAAUAAUCGUCCUAACAAUACAAAUGUUUUUUUACCAGUAAAUGCUUUUCAAAAUACACGACAUACUGUUACAAAGUCUACAGAAAAUCGUGUGCAACAUAUUGCACGUUAUAAUUCUCAAUCUUUAUCUAUUCCCCCUCACCAUCACAUGCGCCCUUGUUUGCCCAUAGGACCCGCAGAUAUUUCAGUACCACCACCUCCUUUUGCUCAUCCGCCUCCAUCGAUUCAAUCCGAUGUUGGCUAUAAUCAAAUGCAACCAAUUCAUAAUCCUCCACCACCUGGAUUAGACAGAAACAAUAGCCCAGCUCAUGCUUCAUCAGAUGAAGGAAUGCAUCCUCCUGAAUCAAACCAUCAUCAAAUGGAUAAAUUUGAUAACCAAACUGGACCUCAGGCAAUGAUGAGAACAGGUUAUCCUACUGGUUAUUAUCCACCACCACCCAUGCCUAAUUAUGAUCCAUAUAAUAUACCUGUGGAUAUGAGAAAUCGAAGUUAUCAUCGAGGAUAUAGUAGAAGACCAACUCGUGGACAGCCAAUGAGCUCUAGUUAUCGUCCAGAUUAUCGUAAUGGGGGAAAUUAUAUAAAUAAUAAAAGAACGAUAGAUGAUCCACUAGCAGUAUUUCAGCGAAUACUUCGAGAACGUGACAGUAAACGUCGGGAUAUGAGAGGUCGUCAUUCUGUAUCCAGAUCUCGAUCCCGAUCAUUAUCUCCAUCUAGGUCUAGAUCUCGCAGUCGUACACCAUCAAGAAUAAUGAAUCAUAGAGUACGAUCAAUAACAAGGUCACCUUUACUACGUAACAGAUCAAUAACUCCUCGACGACGUAGCCGUACACGUUCUCGUAGUCCAGUAAGAAAACGCAAGAAGAGUUUGUCUCCUUUAAAACGUUUACCAGUUAAAUCGAGGAGAAGAACUCGUAGUCCAAGUCGUGAUGUACAAGGACGAAGAUCCAGAUCUUUAUCACUUCAUCGAAGAAGUCGUUCAAGAUCUCGAUCUCUUACUCAUAGAAACCGAAAGUCACCAUCACCUCGUUUCAGAUCAAGAUCUCCUUCUUUUUACUCUUCACCAGCUAGAUUUAACAACUAUCAUAGAGAAGAUGACAAUCUUGGACCUAAUGGAGGAAAUUGGCGUGGUAGAGGCGCUUGGAGUAAAGGAACAUCACAAUCAUACCAACAAUCACACAGGUUUCGUGGGCAAUUUGAAGGGCAUUACGAGUUAGGCGUUGGCCGUUCAACAGAUUACGCUAACAAUUUUGCACAAUUUGAUCCACAUUAUGCAAUGGAUCCAAAUUUAGUGCGCGAUUGGGAUGAGAUUCGUGACAAAGAAAUCCGAGAAAGAGAAAAGGAGAAAAAAGAAGAAGAAGACAAGCAAAAAAAGAUAUCUAAAAGUCAAUCGCCUGUCAAACAUCAUAAACUUGAAAAACAAAGGCAAGAACAUAAACUGUCUCCCGAAAAGAACCAUAAAGACGCUGAUAAAAAAGAUAAGGGGAAAAGGAAAAAGAAAAAGGAUAUAGACUUAGACAAAAAAAAGAAAAAGAAAAGUAGAGAGAAGAAAGAAAAGGAUGAUGGAAAAAAAGGUGACGAAAAAGAAAAUAAAACCAAUGAGGGAGAAAUUAAGCUUGAAAUCGAAGGAGCUAAUCAAUCCAACCAAGAACCAGCUGCUCCAGGAACAUCGGAAUCACCACCUCCAUUCGAAUCUGUUGUAGUUAAAGAAGAAGUCAAAAUUAAAAACGCACAACAUGUCUCAGAUGGACUUUAUGGUGACUUAGAUGAAGUUGCACCCGUAGACACUAGUUGGGGCAGUUUUAAGGUAACGGAACAAACUGAAACUCAUAUGAAGCCUAAAGAAGAAACCGCGGGAGAAACAAUAGAAGAAAAACCAAAAGAACCAGAAGUUUUAGCAGAAUUGCCGGAACGAUCAAAAUGGGAAGUUGAAGAAGAUACUAGUACUACAGACGAUAAAUCUGAUAUGGAUAAACAAAAAGAAGAAAGUGUUGUAGAAAAUCCAGAACUCCAAAAUGAAAAUAGUCAAGUUUCUGUGACAAAUGAAGUAUUAAAACGAGCAGAAAACGCUAUAUUUCAAAAAACUGUUAGAACGCUAGAUACAGCGGGUAAAAAAACUGUUGUUGAUAAAUCUGAGAGUAUAAAAGAUAAGAAACUAGAUACAGUUAAAGACAAGAAACUCGAAUCAGAAAAACAUUCAAGUAAAGAUAAAAAACCAGAUAAUGUAAAGGAAAAGAAAACCGAUGUUACCAAAGAGAAAAAAAUUGAAUAUGUUAAAGAGAAAAAAAUUGAUGUCAAUAGGGAUAAAAAAGUUGACAAUAUUAAAGAUAAAAAACAAGAUAUUAUCAAGGAUACAAAAUCUGAUUCAAAAAAUAAAAAAAAUGAUGUCGACAAAGAAAAGAGACCCGAUGUGAAAGAGAAAAAACAAGAAACCGUCAAAGAUAGAAGGACUGACCGAGAUCGGAGAUCUAAUGAUAAAUCAUCAGAGAUAAAAUCAGGAGCAGAAAAGUCGUCAAGAAGAGAUGAUUACGCAUCAAAACAUAAAGAUAAAAAAAAUGUAGAAUCUGAUGCUGCUGCAGAUUCGUCAUCUAUUCAGAGAGAAGCUAGAAAAUUAGGUUAUUCUAUACAGAUAACAAUACCAUCAGAUUUAUUAGAUGACAAAAAAAGUAAUAAAGAUGGCGCAAAACGUAUUUCAGCCAAAGACAGACUGGGUGAAAAAGUAGAAGAUAGAGAUGACAAACAUUACAAAUCAAGAAAUGAAAAGCGAAAGUCCUCUCGCUCUAGAUCUCCUGUCCGUGUGCAUUCUACACUUAUCGUUCCAGAGCCACCGCCUAGAAAAGUCAGGGCAUCUUCAAAAACUCGAAGGGAUUCAUUAAAAAAAGACCGUAUCGCUAAAACUGAAAGAACUACUUCUUCCAAUCGACCUUCUCGACGUGACGAUGAGAAAAAAUUAGACCAACAAAAGAAAACUGAACCCCGUAGGGUAGUUAGAUCAGACGACAAGCAUCAUCGUACGGUAGACCAUAAGAGUGUUACUAAGAAAGAAGAUCGUUCAGAGAAAACAGAAGUAAAGAAAAAAGAAGAAAAACGAGAAGAAGUGGUGAAAAAAUUGAAACCAAAAGAAAAAGAAACCGAGAAAAAAGAACGUAAAAAUCGUCGUCUUGAACCAGACCGUAAAGUAAGCGAUGAGAAUUUCGACAACAACGAUGACGAAGAAAUCAAAAAAUUACCCAAAGACAAAGAAUCGGAUGAUUCAGUAAGUAGUUCUAGCAGCUCAAGCUCAUCAACAGAUUCGUCACCAGUUCGAUCCAAAAAGAGGAAGAAAACAAAAAAACGGAAGAAAAAACACGUCAAGAAGAAGAAAUUAGCUAGUAGUUCAGAUUCUGACGAUUCAGAUUCAUCCUCGGAGUCAGAUGAUGCUAAUAGUAGUAAACAUAAAAAAAAGAAGAAGAAAGAGCAGCGUAAGCAUAAACUACAUAAAAAACCACUGAAAAAGAAGAAAAAGACGAAACAUAGGUAGAAAAGAAAAAUUUAUACAAACAUUUAACUGUCUGUAUAGUCGUUGAUUGUAAAAAUUUUAAUUGUUCUACUCCAUUUUUUUUAUUAACCAAAUACCUUUUUUUAGUACAUAAUUUAAUUUAAACUGCGUUUGUUCAAUUUUAUAUAUAUAUCGUUAUAAAUAAGACGUUAUUCUGUAUAAGUACAUCACUUAUAAUUAUUAUUUUAAUUAUAUAUAAAUAUAUAAAUUAUUAUUUGUAAAUAUGGACAAUGACAUUAUAAUUAUCUAUGAUUACGUUAAAGACAUGUUGAAUAAAUUUGUGUACUA